AUGAAAUUAGUCAUUCCUAAUAUAAUUUGGCAUGGAGAAAAAGAAAGAAUAAUGUCUAUUGCAAUUCAUCCAACAUAGAAUUUAUUAUUGACAGGAGGUUCAGAUUCUAAAAUUGCUGAAAAAGAUAAUACUUAUGAAGAUAUUGGAGUGAUUAAAAUGUGGACAAUAUUAGAAAACUCAACUAAAAUGGUUGAAUUUGCAGGAGCAAUUAAUUCAGGACAUGAAUAAACUGUUAAUUGUUUAAAAUUCUCACCAAAUGGUAAAUAUUUUGCAUCUGGUUCUGAUGAUUAUAAAAUUAUAAUCUGGAGUUAAUAAGUGAGAUAAAUUUUUGGUUAAUCUGAACCUAGAUUAUAAUGGUGGCCAUUAUCAAUUUUAACUGGACAUUGUAAAGAAAUCUAUGAUCUAUAAUGGUCAAAAAAUGGUGAAAUUUUAGUUUCAGGUGGACUAGAUAAAUAUGUAAUUGUUUGGAAUGUUAAGAAAUAAAAAUAAUUAUAAACAUUAGAUGGACAUACAUCAUAUGUAUAAGGAGUUACAAUUGAUCCAAGACUUAAAUCUAUAGUAUCCUUAAGUUAGGAUAGAACAGCAAGAGUAUGGAAACUAACAAAAGCUCAAAGAAAAAACUUAAAUAAUCUUCAAUUUUAUUCAUAGCAUGUAGUUAGAAAAUUAGAAAAUUCAUAAAAAGUUGAUGUAUAAUAAAUUAAUUCAUAAGAUUAACAAUAAUAAUAAUAAAUAGAAGAGAAAAAAUAAAAUGGAAUAUUUUUAGGUGAAACUAGUUUAUUUACUUUUGUUAGACGACCAGAUUGGAGUCCUGAUGGAUCAUUUUACAUAUUACCAGCUGCUGAAUUUUGGGUUGAUAAUAAACCUAUUAUGGGUGCUUAUGGAUUCUUAAGAUAAUCUCCUUAAGUUCCAUGCUUCUUUUUACCAACUAAUACUCCUGCUUUAGUUAUUAGAUUUUGUCCUAAAUAUUUUAAUAGAAACCCUGAUAUUUAAUAGCCAUUAAUAGAUUUACCUUAUAAAAUGAUUUUUGCCAUAGGUACUGUUGAUUCUUUACUUCUCUAUUCAACUGAUAGUCCAACUCCUCUAGCAAUAUUUGGAAAUCUUCAUUAUGCCUCUAUUACUGAUAUUUGUUUCAAAGGUAUCCUAAAUAUUUAAUAAUAAAGGUUCCAACUUAAUAGCUGUUAGUUCUUGUGAUGGUUUUUGUUCCUUUGUAUAGAUUGAAGAAGGAUACUUUGGUUAAGAAGUUCCUGUUGAAUGUAUAUAUAAUAUUAAAUUUAGAAUUACCUGAAUAUAUUAGAGUGUUAUAUAAUAAUAAUGAUAAGAUAGAGGAAGAAGAUGUUUCAAAAAAGAAUGAGGAAUCCAAAAAGCAAGAAAUUGUAACUGAAUAAAGAGUUGAGUAUAAAGACACAUUGGAUGGAAAAAAGAAAAAAAUGAUUAUACCAAAAACUCUAUAGAUAGAUUAAUAGUGUUAGAAAUGA